CAAGGUGCGACCAUGGCGCGGAACCACCAGAACCAAGGAAAUGAAGCCAUGGCCAAGCCGUGCCCCCCUCCACUCGCCUCUCCUAUAUAAACCAGAUCCCGUCCGGAGGCAGAACCAUCAACCAGUACCUUCUCAGCCUUCGUGUUCCCUGUUUCUCACCUUCUCAGGCCGCCCUCUACACCUCCGAAUAAACCACCGAGGGCGGUCAUCAAUAAGAGAGACGAGCACGGCACACACCAUGGAUCGGUUCAUCCUCGCCUUCCUCCUCCUCCUCCUCGCCUCCGCGGCCGCCGUCGAGGGCCGCAUGGUCCGGUCCGUCUUCGACGACGGCAAGCCCAUGAACAGGUCCGGGGUCCGCCUGCUGAUCGGCCCGGACGCGUGCCAGCGGACAUGCGACCAGGUGCGCUUCAAGGCGAUCUGCCGAGGCCUGGCGAAGCUCCCCGGGGUGUCGACGCCCCGGCAGCUGCUGCUGGCGUCGAUGCGGGUGGCGGCGCAGAAGGCGAAGGAGGCCAAGGCCCGGGUGGAGGCGUACGGGGCGAGGUCGCACGAGGGCGGGCCGAUGGUGUCCAUCAUCUCCACCUGCCGCAAGGGCUACGACGACGUGGCGCAGUCGCUGGAGGAGACGCGGGCGCUCAUCGAGGCGCAGGGCACCCAGUUCGUCGGCUUCAACAGCAAGGUGUCGGACGCCCUCACGAGCGCCAGCGACUGCGACACCGCCUUCGAGGACUUUCCGGACAUCCCGUCGCCCUUCGCCGCCGUGCAGAAGAACGUCUUCCGCGUCGUUGACAACGUCCUCAACAUCGCCGUCGUCGUGCAGCAGGCCGAGGCGCAACUCCCCAACGCGCACGUGCCGCAGGCCCACUGAACCCCACUGAUGGCCUCCCUGUAAAUUAAGGCAGGGGUGGUGCUGUACUACCGAUCUCUAGCACCCGAAUAUUUAUAUAUGAACAAGGCUUGAGAAAAAUUUGUACGCAGUAGUUGUAACUUAUGAAGUUACGAACACGGAAUUACAGGUUGAGCUCUCGUAUCA